CCCCUCGCUAACCUGCGUUAGUGUUGUUUUUGCUUUUUGUCUGUCUUAUUUCUUAAACCAUGCCUGAGCCGGCCAAGUCCGCUCCGGCUCCUAAGAAAGGAUCCAAAAAAGCCGUCACCAAGGCGCAGAAGAAGGACGGCAAGAAGCGCAAGCGCAGCCGCAAGGAGAGCUACUCCAUCUACGUGUACAAGGUGCUGAAGCAGGUGCACCCCGACACCGGCAUCUCGUCCAAGGCCAUGGGCAUCAUGAACUCGUUCGUGAACGACAUCUUCGAGCGCAUCGCGGGCGAGGCGUCGCGCCUGGCGCACUACAACAAGCGCUCGACCAUCACGUCUCGGGAGAUCCAGACGGCCGUGCGCCUGCUGCUGCCCGGGGAGCUGGCCAAGCACGCCGUGUCCGAGGGCACCAAGGCCGUCACCAAGUACACCAGCUCCAAGUGAGUCCCUCCGGGGCUCGGCGCGCAGCAGUCGCUUUUUCCUAAAGGCUCUUUUCAGAGCCACCCACCUAUUCACCAGAAAAGAGCUUUA